CUGAUGUAUGUGUUGAGUGAUGUGAUGGCGUGAAUAGAAUAUUUUUUUCGUUUACAAAUUGUAUUUGUUUCAUUAUCACUGAAAAUUGUAUGCCAAAUAAAAACAUGUGAGCUAACAAUACUAAUCGAUUGCUUAUGAGAGUCCAGUGCUAGUGUACCAUGCUGAGACAAAACCUUCGCGCAGUCUGUAAGAGAAAGUGUCUCUAAUAGUAAAUAACGGGUCGAUAGAAAUAUGUCUGUCUCUGAUUUAUCUGUUGGAUGUCGUUUUGCCGAUUAUUUUGCGAUAUGCGGCCUCGACUUUGACUCUGGAUUAGAGCCUGAUAGACUUUGUGGUGAUAAUUUACAUGUAUCUCCUUUGGAUCGUUCAUAUAAAGGCAAAAUCUUGGCCCACUAUCCUGAAAACAUAACAAGUAACCCAUUUGAUGAACAUGCAGUUUGUAUGCUUUGUCUACCAGCUGGCCUUCAAUUUAGAACACAAAAACAUUCUUUAGAGCCCAAGUUUCAUAGCUUUGUAGUAACAAGAGAGAAUGCAUCUCGAUACUAUGGAUUCAGUCUUAUUUUUUAUGAAGAAGUCAGGAACAGAAACAUCUGCAGUGCCAUGCAUACAUUACAGGCAAUGUAUAUCACAGAGUUGUCUAGUGGUCAGACUCCUCCUGGCCAUAGAAAAGCUUCAGGCAAAGAAAGUUCCAGGUCUCUUCCAAGAUCAUUUAAACUCACACCUCAUAGCGGUGCCGCACUGACAUAUUAUGAUAUUGCCAAAGACAAGUUAUAUGUCGCCAAAAGUAUAGCUCUUAUAUGUCAAUAUCCAUAUGUGAGAGUAGCACAGUUGUUUUUAGAAAAUUUAUUCAGAUCUCUCCCAAGGCAGCCCGGCCCAGGCCUUAGUCCUGAGUCCUAUGUUUAUAAUUUAUUAUAUGAAGUACCUGUGCCACUUCCUGGUCAAGCUUUACGACUGUAUGUGCCUCCCUCUGAACCUCAUUUGGAUCCAAUUCCUGUUGUGAUAAGAAUGCCAAAUCUCCCUGAAGAGUUACCUCUUUUGGAUUAUCCACUACGAGUUAUGUUUUCUACAUUAGGAGUUGAAUGUGUUGUACAACUGUUUACAUGUGUUCUGUUGGAACACCAAGUUUUACUCAGAUCAAGUGAUUACAAUAAACUAAUGUUGGUAGCUGAAUGCAUAGUGUCUCUGCUACUGCCGUUUACAUGGGCGCACGUGUAUGUGCCAAUACUGCCGGCCCCACUCUACCACUUCCUCGACGCGCCAGUGCCAUUCGUCAUGGGUCUCCAUGCGGAUAGUGGGGCAAUGAAUAUGGGUCCAAAUGGUCCCCGGAGCAUCGCACUCGGAUCGGAGGCGGCUCUUUGUUUAGUUGAUAUUGAUAAACCGGACAUACAAUUGCCUGAAGAAUUACCUAUAUUUCCACAUAGGACACCCUUCAUUGAAGAACUCAAUCAUGUCUUAGACAAACAUCAGAUUCAAAGACCUGAAACUGAACCCACGAAGCUUGGUGUCCCUAUAAAUGGAACAUCAUACAAACAUAUGGGUGAUAGUAUGAGCAGCAGUUGUACUUUACCAUCAGGUGGACUACGUCGGAAACACUCAUUCCAUGAUGUACUGGAGUGGGAAGAAAGCAGGCCGCUUAAUGCGUCACCUCCUGCAUCGCCAACGCGUCGCGCUCCCCUCCGAAUGGAUGCUCUGCAAAGAAUCGUAGACAUCGUCAAACGAAGUGGUGUUAACAUAGAUGACGUAGAUGCAGACACGGUAAUGCCAACGACAAAGAAGAAAAUUCUUAAUGACGAAGAGCAAUAUAAUGAGGACAUCAGGUUCAAUGUUGCCAUCAGAGAAACAUUCCUUAAUAGAUUUGUGCACAUAUUUCUCAUGUACGAGAAUUUUGUUAUCAUGCCUGAUCAGGACCGUGAAUCAUGGCUGUCGUCUCGAGAGUCGAUGGUGAAUUUUGACAAAGCAUCAUUCCUUUCGGACCAACCGCAGCGUCACAGGCCAUUCCUCUCGCGGUUCCUCGAGACACAAAUGUUUGCCACGUUAAUCGAUAACAAGAUUAUGGGCAACUGGGGAGAAUACGAUGCCAACCUACAAGUCUUCGAGCAUCGCAUCAAGACUGUCAGGCGGCGCAUCGGCGAGGGCGGGCUGGGGACGCGCGGGUACUGCGUGUGGGCGGGGGGCGCGGGGGGCGGCGGGGGCGCGGCCGCCGAGCUGGAGGUGGGCGCCCCGGCCGAGCGCCUGCCGCACCGCGCGGCCUACUACCGCGCCUUCCCCGCGCGCCUCGACGCGCACGCCCUCACGCGCCCGCCCGCGCCCGACACCAGAACAAACAGUCUGAAACGUAUAAAGAAUGCGAAGUGGCAAGUGAAGGACUGUCCUCCCGAGUUGUUGCUGGGGGACAUUAGUAGAAGGUUGUCCACAGAAGUGACGCCGGCAGCGAUUGCUCAGAACAACAGGGCCUUUGUUGAGAAGCUCCUGAAGGAAUGCAAAAGCAAAACGAAGAGGAUGCUUGUGGAAAAGAUGGGUACAGAAGAAUCCGAUCUAGGUUUGGGCUGCGAGGUAUCUAUAACUGGGGUCGAAGAAAGUACUAUGAUAGCUUCACUAUGCGACCUUCUGGAACGGUUGUGGUCCCACGGCUUGCAACAUAAAAUGGGAAAGUCGGCUCUAUGGAUGCACCUCACCAAUUACCAAGAGUUGGAGCAGUGCAGCAACUCCACCAAACCCAUCGAUCCCAACUACCUUACUCCCGAUCUGUCGUCUGUGGGUGCUGAAGUAGAAGCUGUUCAGAGUACCAGUUCCGGGAGUCGGUCCCGAGAUAGUUCGCGAGGGGGGUCACGGGAUAGUUCCCGGGAUCGUCUUAGCAACUCCGGGACUUUGGAAAGGAAGUCAGCUCAACCUCCCAACCCUUUACGCCCGUUGCCAGAAAGUUUGACGUUCGAUAUGAGAAAUGUGCAAGCGAUGACAGAUAUCAAAACGGAAAUAGGAUAUGCUCGUGCUUGGGUGCGACUUUCUCUUGAGAAGAAAUUGCUAUCAAAACAUCUUCGGGAACUCUUAGCUGAUACUACGCUACUUAGGUCUCAGUACAAGCGGACGGCUUUCCUUCGCUCCGAGGAAGAAAGGGAACAAUUCCUUUAUCAUCUACUCACAUUAAAUGCAGUGGAUUAUUUCUGUUUCACCAAUACUUAUCCCACCACAAAACUUCCGUAUCGAGUCCUCAUUGUGCCAUCUCGUAAAGCAAGCCAGACAACCGCUAACUGUUGGAUCUCUAUAUCAGGAGCGAAUGGCGAAUCUACCCCUAAAAUACCAAUACCGCGAAAUACUAACGAGUUUGUUUUCCAUCAUAAAAAUCUGGGAAUUUUAUCAACAUUGCGCAUUGGACAUGACAAUUCCGGACUCUCGCCGCGGUGGCUACUUGAUCAAGUUUAUGUUAGAAAUGAGGUUACCGGACACACUUACACAUUCCCGUGCAACCGUUGGCUGGGUACAGGCGUGGACGACGGGUCGACGGAGCGCCUGCUGGUUGCAGCGCGCAUGCGCAGCGGGGCCACGCCCCGGGCCGGCGCCCCGCCCCCCGCGCCGGCAGCGGCCACGCCCACUACGACGCACCUGUCUACGUCCACCAUCCAGCACAUGAUCGGUGACUGCGUAAACGCGAUAGUAAAGUGGCACUAUCAGUCGAAGAGAGAAAAGGACGCUAAUUCCUUAAGUGUACUGCUUUGUGGAGAAAAUGGACUAGUUAAAUGCUUAGAACAGGCAUUCCUGUGUGGAUUCAAAUCUGUGAGACUCUUUGGAAAGAACCUUUUCAUUUGGGAUUAUUUUGCUAAAGUGAAAGACGAGUUCAAAAUGAGUCUCUGUGAUGAGCCAACGUCUCAGAACAACAAGAGCUGUGGUAUGGCGUACAACUGCCGACAGGACCAGGAGCACAGAGCUAUCUGGCGUUGUUACUGCCAUCUUAUGGACGAGAUCAAUUCCGUCGGCCGCACACUUGGGAAGGACGGGAAAUUCCAACUUUUCAUAUGCCUCAGUUUACGUGAACACUGGCUGCAUCGAAUGCUCGUGCCCAUGUCAAUGACGCGCGUCACCGUCGAGAUGUACGAGGAACAGAGUUUUCUGCGCAAACGCGGCCUUCUUACAUUCCUCAGGCAAAUACUUGAGCCAUUGGAUGAAUUCGAUAUUGUACUUGAAAAUUCUCUUACGCAAGGCAUUUAAAUUCAUUCAUAUUGUAAGUACAUUAUUUUAAAACUCGUGGUUAAACCAGUUUUAAUGGAAUCAUUCAAUGAACCAUCAAUUUACCACUACAAAAUAUAUUUUUAUAUGUAAACACAAAUACUCACUAAUAUGUUCUUUAUUUGAUAUUAGCAAUCAGGGUCUGAUUAUUUUGUAGUUUUAUUGUUAAGUUUAAAUGUGAUUAUUAUUUCUGUUAACUUGCCAGAUCGAUCCAAAGAUUUUAUUUUUUAUAUUAAUGGUGCUUAUGUAUAAGUUCUUAUUACUAGUACAUUUAUUUUUAUAUCAAACAUAACUUGUAUGUAGAAUACUCGAGUUAAGUUAUAUUGUGCAAUGUUACUUUGCUAUUUGUCUUAUUCUAGUUUCAUAUACAAUUUUUGCAUUAAUGAUAAAGAGCUGCACAAUCCUGUUACAUCAACUCAUUAUGUGAGCUCUGAACAUUUAGCAUUAAGCAUUUUUCUACAAUUCUCAAUGUUGCAAUGUUCAGAUAUGUACCAAUGUGAGUUAAUUGUGGGCAAGUGUGAGCUUUAUUUUAUUUUUACGUAACUAACGUUAAUCGUUCUUCAAGUACUAUACUUAAAGCACACAGUAGACUAUCCACCGCAUAAUUUUAAACUAUGAUUGAUACUUCAUAUGUGAUUAAGUUAGAUGUAAGUUGAACCGUUUUGUAAUGUGUGAAUUUUCUAAGUCGAAUCUACAUAGCUAAUAAUGGUCAAACAAUAAUAAUUUGUAAGUUGUAGCUACAUAAUAUUAUAUCAAAUUUAUCAAUUAUAUCAUACAUUUGCUGCUAGUGGAUUCGACAAAGAUCUCGAAAUACCUAGAUAUUAGUGUGUAUCCCAUUAUUGUGUCCUUUAUUUCUUAAUGUUCUUUUUGUAUUACGAAAAUAACUUAUUUGGUAACAAUCGCUAAAUACCAAAUCUCUCCAAAUCAGGAUUUAUGAUACUGAUAAAUAGUGGGUGAACUAUCAAACUUAAGUGAUAAAUGAUGAUUAUCAUAGUGCUUGUAUAAUUUAUCAUCGUUAUCAAUGUUCAAUUCUAGUAAAUGUUAGUUGGCUUUACUGUAAAAUCACUGACAUCGGCUUUCACUCUCAUUAGGCAGCUUCAGUUAUUUUAUCCUCAAGCUUAACUUCCAAUAUUAGUUUUCAGAAGCUAUCUUCUAUGUUAGUGUCAAAAUUUAAAUUAUGAAAAAUUAAAAAAUAUAUAUAUGUAAAACAUUCGUCCGGAAUAAAUUGAUAUAUUUCUUAAAUCUUGAAUCUAGUUAAUAUAGAUGUUGUGCACUGUAUGUGAAUCAUAAAUAUUUCGACUCAAUUGUAAUAUGUUAAGUUUUGCUCUCUUUUAAUGGUUGUUUGUAGUUCCUGCCGUCCUGCAUGUUCAUAUUAUCAAUAUAAAGUUAUGCUCCUUAACUUAUACAAUAUCGCAUUAUGACUAAUUAUUAUAAUGAUGCAUAAUUUACAAUAAAUCUAAGUCUACAUUCAUUACAUAACUCAUGCACGGAAAUUUGUGCCAAACAACUAUUCAGUAGUGAUAAAAUAUUUGUUUUGUAUUGUAUUUAAGUUUUUAUAUGGCAACUUAAAAAUCACAUCAAUUGCAGAUGAAUGUGAAAAGUUUUGUGACCGUAUCCUGCGAUCAUGGAUGUACCUAUGUCGCAGGCAAUAACUAAAUGGCUCAUUAAUCUAUGCAGUUAAUUGCCUAGUCCGUUUAAUAAGAGAUACAAUUCUGAUGCAGCUAUUUAUGGCGAUGGCGAUUCGAUUUCCUUGAGGGCUGCAGUUCAAACCUUGCCUACUGUUAUGGUAGGAUCACGAUUUACGAUACACAUUGCAAGUAAUGGCCUCAUAGAAAUAUUCGGCAUUCAAUAAUACCGCUAAUCAGCAGGAUUAUCGCCAGUUGGCUGCUAUGUCUGUAUAACGGAUAAAACACGAAGAAAUGGUUGAUGUCAAACGUAUUCUUAUAUGUACCAUUGUAAGGAAACUCGAUGGUAUUAUUUUUGUCAACAAUCUGGUACAUUUUACCCUCAGUGUUUUAAUUAAUUAAUGAAAUAAUAUUUAGGUAUGCUUUUGACGUAUCUCAAUUUAAAAACAUGUGAUUCAUAUUAGCAUUUAGUAAUACCAUAUUAUUAUGACCAUGCUAAAAGUUGGUAAUAUUAAAUGUUUUAGUAAGCUAAUUAAUGAAACCAGACAAAAACGUGGCAUCAUAUGAAAAUAUAGGUCCCAAUACUUUAAAAAUAUUCUAUGACAUUUUACCGAGAUUUUUGUCUGCAAGUCUUCCUGAACUGAUUUAAUUACCAAAGAAUUAAUACUGAUUUUGUCUCUUAAUGAAAGAUUUAUGGUUAUGUCCAAUAAAUGAAGUUAUUAAACUC